UUUACUCCUGAUACAUGGUUGUUCUGUGAGAGUUGAUGUGCUCGUCAUGGAUAAUGCAGAAGUUACUUAACUUUAAAAAGUUUUGAUUUUUAUGUUCUGAUAGUCCAGCUUACAACUUUCGAAGAUACCAUGAAUUACGUGGGAAGUAUCUCCAUCCUGGACCGCGGCGAUGCGCCCGCCCAGGCCAUCAUCGACCGCAAUGCCCGCUCCCUGGCUCAGCGAAUGGCGGACGAGACUCGCGAUGAGCUCAGCAAGGUCAUGUCCAGGGUCCACACGGCUGAACUUGAGGCUAUCUUGAAAGAUGAGAUAAAGAAACGACAGUACCAGCAGCAGGUGACCGUUUUCAUCGUGGGCUACCAAGAUGUCUGCCAUCAGAAGCUGGUGCUGCUACAGCAGGUCAACGAGUUUUUCAUGGAAAAUUCUAAAAGAAUCGAUGAGGAGGACUGGUUCCCUACCACACCGGACAUAGACUUGGAUGAGAUGUCCAGCACAGUGGAAGAGUCCCUGAGCCACGCCCACGAGCUAACCAAUCGUCUCUCAGAUCUCAACAAAGAGAUGGUCGACUACAUGGCCAAUUUGGCCGAGAGGAAAGCCAGUAACAAAGGGAGGAAGAAGAUAGAGAAAGCUCUGCAGCAAGCCAAGGAUGAGGUCAGUGGACUCAGCGAGAAGUUGUUGGCUCUACAGACAGAACUUGACGACAGAGAGGAGAAAGUUCAGACGAUGUUCAAACAGCUCGAGUCGAAGAACAUGGAGGUUCAAAAGUUUCGCACCGCUGCUGAGCUGGCCAAG